AUGCCUGCAGCAAUCAGAGCAGCUCCAGAUGGCAGAGCAACAGAUAAAGCAAACCCGGAAAGGAUAUUACCAGAUGGAGAGAAAAACAAUACGGAUGUACAACUACCUGCUUGUUUCAGCAAGAUGACCCAAGAAUCUAGGAAGAAUUUCCCGCAUACCAAACAAGUUGGCAACUAUCUUGUAGGCAGAAUGAUCAACAAGGGCUCCUUUGCCAAAGUGAUGGAGGGGCUACAUAUCCCCACGGGAGAGAAGGUAGCCAUUAAAGUUAUUGACAAGAAAAAAGCCAAGCAGGACUCCUAUGUUUUAAAAAACAUGAAGAGAGAGCCCCGGAUACAUCAGAUGAUUAAGCAUCCAAAUAUUGUUCAGCUCUAUGAGACCCUGGAGACAGAGAACUCCUAUUACAUGGUGAUGGAACUGUGUCUGGGGGGAGACCUCAUGGACAGAAUAUGCGAGAAAAAGAAACUGGAAGAAAGGGAAGUCAAGAAAUACGCCUGGCAGAUCAUGUCUGCAGUUGAACACUUGCAUCGUCAUGGGAUUGUCCACAGAGAUCUGAAGAUUGAAAAUUUUCUUCUAGAUGAAAACAAUAGCAUCAAAAUUGUUGAUUUUGGACUGAGCAAUGUAAUGAAAUUUGAAGGCCUUUCUCAAGAAUUGCUAAAUACGCAGUGUGGUAGUCCAGCCUACGCAGCCCCAGAACUCCUGGCUCAUAAAAAAUAUGGGCCAAAAGUAGAUGUCUGGUCUAUAGGAGUUAGCAUGUUUGCCAUGCUAACUGGCACGCUGCCCUUCACUGUCGAACCAUUCAAUAUCAAACAACUUCAUCUGAAGAUGAUUAAUGGUGAAAUUAAUCCCAUCCCACCUGACAUUUCCACAGGAGCUGUUCAUUUCAUAUACUCCUUCCUUGAACCUGAUCCAGCUAAGCGACCUGCAAUUAAAGAGGCAAUGAAAGACAAAUGGCUGAUUGAUGGUAAUAUCAGAAAACCACUGAAUUCACUUACACAUAAAAAUAGACUUCGUCCUGAUGACCUGAAUCCUAUUGUUUUGAAUUACAUGAAAGAAACAAUGGAGCUCAACCUUUCAAAUGUUGUAAAUGUGUUGAUAAAUAAUAAGCCAUCUUCUAUAAUGGCUAUGUAUUACUUGCUGUUGAAGAAAUUUAUUAAAUAUCAAAAGGAACGCAGGACAAUGAAGAAAGAAAAGCUUGAUGGGAAACUACUUAUAAACCUAAGUCAAGAUGCUGAUAUCCCAGUUUCUCAGAAGAUAGAACAAGUUGCUGCAGAAAAUCUGAAAACUCGAGACAGUGAAACAUUUCCUUUUGUGCUGAACUCAGAAAUUCCAUAUGCAAUCCAGGAAGAUGAAAUUGCCAUUUCCUUGGAAAACCAAGAAAUCUUACCUGAAGUGUCCAAGUUUGCAGAGAGAGAAUUGGUUCAUUUUGAGCCUCCUAUAUCGCCAGAUAAAUUUUGUUCAUGUGAACCUCUAAAUCUCAUGUUGCUGAAUCCUCAAGAAAAUGUUAAAGAUUUUGCAGAAGCCAGAAAAUUAUAUUUAACUGAGAAACCAUCUUCUACUUUAGAAAAUAACCCAGCAUAUUCCACCAACAACCAGGUUCAGAGGUCCUCAGCGGCAUGUAUGAGUAAGCUAACACCAAGAUCAGCAAUUGAAAACAGAAUUGUCAACAAGAGUCCUUUGGCUUUUCAAGACUUAAGAGUCAAACAUCUUUUCAAAACAACAGAUGAAAGCCUUUCAGUUCGAGCAUGGCAAUACCAAGAAAAAGAUAGCAAUACUGUCUUGGUGAUGGAAACACCACAGCUCUUACCAAGGCUGAGACAAGUUGCUCUGAGGGACUCCUUAACUAAAAAAAUCUCGUGGAUGGGACAGCAACAAUCUAAUGGUUCCCUUCCAGUUUGCACCAGUGGAUCAAGACCACCAGUUUUUCCCCUGACCCAGCAGCAAACACUUAUGGUGAGAAGCGUGAAGCAAUCAAAAGAAAAAUCCAAAGAAUUUUUCAACAGUGGGAGUGUUAGAAGGAACUAUGUCCAACUUAAGCAUACAGCUAAAGAUACGGACCUGAACUUUCCAGUAUUGUCUCCACCUUAUCAAACAAAGUCAGGGAAAAAGUCUGAAAUUUUAAGGCUAGAUUUUGCAUAA